AUUCUCUCCAUUCGGGCGCAAGAGCCAUGGAGACGCUGAGAGAGUCUGUGCUGCACUUGGCCUUGCAGAUGUCGACCUACAAGCGGGCCACGCUGGACGAGGAGGACCUGGUCGACUCGCUCUCCGAGGGUGACGUGUACCCAAAUCACCUGCAGGUGAACUUCCGAAGCCCCCGAAGUGGCCAGAGGUGCUGGGCCGCACGGACCCAGGUGGAGAAGCGGCUGGUGGUGCUGGUGGUGCUUCUGGCGGCAGGACUGGUAGCCUGCUUGGCAGCGCUGGGCGUCCAGUACCAGACAAGAACCCCACCGGUGUGCCUAAGUGAGGCCUGCAUAUCAGUGACCAGCUCCAUCUUGAGUUCCAUGGACCCCACGGUGGACCCCUGCCAGGACUUCUUCACCUACGCCUGCGGCGGCUGGAUCAAAGCCAACCCGGUGCCUGAUGGCCACUCGCGCUGGGGGACCUUCAGCAACCUCUGGGAACACAACCAAGCCAUCAUCAAGCACCUCCUCGAAAACGCCACUGCCAGUGUGAGCGAGGCGGAAAGGAAGGCCCAGGUGUAUUACCGUGCAUGUAUGAAUGAAACCAGGAUUGAGGAGCUCAAGGCUAAGCCCCUGAUGGAGCUGAUUGAGAAGCUUGGGGGCUGGAACAUCACCGGGCCCUGGGACAAGGACAACUUCCAGGACACCCUGCAGGUGGUCACAUCCCACUACCGCACCUCGCCCUUCUUCUCCGUCUACGUUAGCGCCGACUCCAAGAACUCCAACAGCAACGUGAUCCAGGUGGACCAGUCUGGCCUGGGCUUACCCUCAAGGGACUAUUACCUGAACAAAACUGAAAAUGAGAAGGUGCUGACAGGAUACCUGAACUACAUGGUCCAGCUGGGGAAGCUGCUGGGCGGAGGGGACGAGGACUCCAUCCGGCCCCAGAUGCAGCAGAUCCUGGACUUUGAGACGGCGCUGGCCAACAUCACCAUCCCCCAGGAGAAGCGCCGGGACGAGGAGCUCAUCUACCACAAAGUGACGGCGGCCGAGCUGCAGGCCCUGGCGCCCGCCAUCAACUGGCUGCCCUUCCUCAACACCAUCUUCCACCCAGUGGAGAUCAACGAAUCCGAGCCUAUCGUGGUCUACGACAAGGAGUACCUGGGGCAGGUCUCCGCCCUCAUCAACAACACGGACAAGUGCCUGCUGAACAACUACAUGAUCUGGAACCUGGUGCGGAAGACAAGUUCCUUUCUUGAUCAGCGCUUUCAGGAUGCCGACGAGAAGUUCAUGGAAGUCAUGUACGGGACCAAGAAGACCUGUCUUCCUCGCUGGAAGUUUUGCGUGAGUGACACAGAGAACACCUUGGGCUUCGCCCUGGGCCCCAUGUUCGUCAAAGCCACAUUCGCUGAGGACAGCAAGAACAUCGCCAGCGAGAUCAUCCUGGAGAUCAAGAAGGCAUUUGAGGAGAGCCUGAGCGCCCUGAAGUGGAUGGAUGAAGACACUCGGAAAUCAGCCAAGGAGAAGGCGGAUGCAAUCUACAACAUGAUCGGCUACCCCAACUUUAUCAUGGACCCCAAGGAGCUGGACAAAGUGUUCAAUGACUACACCGCGGUCCCAGACCUCUACUUCGAGAACGCCAUGCGGUUUUUCAACUUCUCAUGGAGGGUCACCGCCGACCAGCUCCGGAAAGCUCCCAACAGAGAUCAGUGGAGUAUGACCCCACCCAUGGUGAAUGCUUACUAUUCACCCACCAAGAACGAGAUUGUGUUUCCGGCCGGAAUCCUGCAGGCACCAUUCUACACCCGCUCUUCACCCAAGGCCUUAAACUUUGGUGGCAUCGGCGUCGUCGUGGGCCACGAGCUGACUCAUGCUUUUGAUGAUCAAGGACGAGAGUAUGACAAGGACGGGAACCUUCGACCCUGGUGGAAGAACUCAUCCGUGGAGGCUUUCAAGCAACAGACCGAGUGCAUGGUGGAGCAGUACGGCAACUACAGCGUCAACGGGGAGCCCGUGAACGGCCGGCACACCCUCGGGGAGAACAUCGCUGACAACGGGGGCCUCAAGGCGGCUUAUCGGGCCUACCAGAACUGGGUGAAGAAGAAUGGGGCCGAGCAGACGUUGCCCACCCUGGGUCUCACCAAUAACCAGCUCUUCUUCCUGGGGUUUGCACAGGUCUGGUGCUCCGUCCGCACACCCGAGAGCUCCCACGAAGGUCUCAUCACCGAUCCCCACAGCCCCUCCCGCUUCCGAGUCAUCGGCUCCAUCUCCAACUCCAAGGAGUUCUCAGAACACUUCCACUGCCUGCCUGGCUCACCCAUGAACCCUCAUCACAAGUGUGAAGUCUGGUGAGGGGCGGAGCACCAAGAGCCAAGACAGAGGACGAGGGGGAGGGGCUGAGGACAAGUCCCCGGGGUACAGCCCGCAAGGCUGCCCCUCCAUCAGUGUCCAGGGCAUCACCCAACCCCCUUGGCCGCCUCAGGAGGAUUUUCAGCUGGAACCAAGCCUGUGACGUGGGUUCUCAUCAUAAUCAGAGAUAUGAUCCCCUGUGACGAAAACCCCUGUCAUCCCAGGCACACAUGUGUCAAGUCUAAUGGGCGUUUGGGCAUCAGGCUGGUUACUCACCAGGCCUGGGCCCCACGCCGACAAGGGCAGUGGGACAGCUCCCUGCCCACAUCCAGCGCCAGAUACACCACAAAUACCACUGUGUCAAAUGCUUUAAUGAUAUAUUUUUGGGGAAACUGUUUUUUAAACAUUGUGGAAUACACUGGAAGUCUUCAGGGAAAUAAUGCAUUUAAAACACUUUUUUUUUUUAAGGAAAGGAUUGGUAUAUUUAUUAUGCUCUGUUUUUCUAAAUAAUCUGUGGACAAGGGAAGCCCCACUGAUUUGCCCCUCUCUCUCCCUGCCCUGCUGCGAGGUGGGGCUGAAGCGGGAUCCCCAGCCACUGAGCAGGUCCCCACAUGGAGAGCUGCUCCCGUGGUUUCAGCGUCCUCCUCCUCUGGUUCUUGGUCCCCUGAUGCCAAGGAGAGAUGGAGGGAGGCCUGGCAGGGGGAGGGCCGCCUCAGUGUGCCUGCCUCUGUCCCCAGGGUCCAGCCAUGGGAACCCUAGCAAGGAUCCCCAGAGUCGCAGCAGGGGACUGAUGGCUGCACGAGGCCAGGUCAGGCCCUCAAACCCCGUCUGGAGGUGCCCGAGCACCCUGGAUCCAGGCCACAGGAGCCCUGUGAGGCUGCCACCCCCAUCGGGGGUUCUCUGUCACACAUAGUCGUCCUCUCCUUCUCUUCUGUUGGCCACCCCAUGUGAGUCCCAAGGCUUGCUGCCUCUCUGCAGCAUCCCCCAUCCCAGCCACUUCGGAGUCUGCCUCGCAGACCCUCUUCCUCCAGGGAAGGAGACAGAGAAAGCAGCUCUCAUCUCCCAAGGGCCCAGAUCCUCCCUCCGAGCUCCGUCCUCCAGCACCGGCCUGGGCCUGGCUCCCGCAGCCAGCCCCGCUCCGUUCUCGAGUGCCUUAUCUGAGGCUGCGCCUGGGCUCCCCUGAAAGGAGACAGCCCUCCGCCCCAGGGGCCCCUUGGCCUCCUCAGUGAAGCCCCCAAGUGUCCUGACUGGAACACAAGGCCAUACCCCCUACUCCCGUGCCCACAGAGCUGCCCCUCGCGGCCGCCCAGGAGCUCCGGCCCGCAGGGCAGCGGCACCGAGGGCAGGAGUCUGAGGAACCCGCAGACUUGCACCAGGUUCAGGCCCACCGUCAGCCCCCUGGUAUGAGUCAAGACGACACUUGGAUCCAGACGGACUCCUCUUCCUGGGGGAUGCUUUUAGUCACAGGAGGCUGCGAGGGGAAGGUUCUCCAAACCUGGUCAGUCUGGCCUGAGGUGUCAGGGGACCAGGAAUGUCGUCCCCUCCCUGAGGCCACAGUUUCUCGGGACCGCAGGCUCAGGGGCCCCCACACCUGGUGGAGCAAACAUAGCCCCGCUCCGGCCGUCUGAGGAAGCAGGCAGCGGUGACUGCGGCAGGUCAGCCAGCGUCCUCCUCGGCUCUCCCUGGCAGCCCAGGCCCCUGGGACAGGCCCUGCGGCACAGCGCACUCGCCUCGGCCAGGAAGCCAGAAUCCUGCUUGCCAGGAGGAGCGGACAGCUCAGCCCCCGCUUCGCCCACCUUCAGAUCAGCCCCAGAGCUGGGGCAAGGGUGUCGGGAGUAGCUCCAGAUGAGGCGCCCGGUCCCCACGUGCAGCAGACCUGGUAUCUAUUCAGAGGGAAGAGAUACUUGGUCCUGGUGCCCUCCCAGCACCUCCUCUUCCAAACCCUCCUGCCCGCCGGCCUUCCCCGUGGAAGGUCACAGUCCUCUGGUGUCUGUCGGCACCGUGGACUGGGGCCUCCCAGCCAGAAGCAGGUGUCCAAGGGCUGAGGGUCCAGCCAGAGGGAAUGUCCACCAUUCUCAUCACUUCAGGAAGUGGCGGGGCAGGGGGAGGAGGGUCAGGCCCAGCAGGGAUAGAAACAAAGGCAGCAUCCUCACCCCCCUCCCCCUCCAGCGCUGGGCAGCUGUCCUCUGAGAGACCCCCUCCUCCUGGGCCUGGGGAGCCAUAGGGCUGGCUUCUCCGCAGGGACGUGGAUGUGGGGUUUGGAGCUGGGAAUCUAUUUUUUGUAUUAUCAUGUUUUGUGCUACUGUAGUUUUGGUGUGGCACUAUUGUAAUUGAAAUAAAGUACUUGUACUGAG